AUGACGCUGCUGGCCGAGUUCGAGCCGACGACGUUGCCGGACUACGAGCCUUUGAAGUUCUCACCCCGCACGGUUUCUCGGCUCGACGAGGAGGAUGAAGACGACUGGCAGAAGACGAUACGCCCAGUAGCCCUAGGUUCUAGAAGCGUUGCCCAUUCGCGCGAAUCGUCCAUUGAAAAGCUCCCAGCCCCGCGCCUUGACGUCACGGCACAACAACUCCCACACCCUCGAUCGCAUGUUCCGUCUCGAAGCGCUCUCGGGGGCGUGAUAGAACGCGUAGUCGACCCCAAGGCCUCCGCAUACGGGCACCACCGACAGACGUCGAUUGUUCAUGGCAUUGGGAUUCAUCACUCUAGAAACGGGAGCCUCGCGAGUUCCUCGUCGAGCCCUCUCAGUCCGCAAAUGAUUGCCGCAGCUGGUGCUGGGCUCACACCGGACAGGGCCGAGAUGCACUCGUUUUCACGCCUGGAUAGUGAUGGUUCAUUAGGGCCACGGCCGGCCACGGCCCUAUCGGGAACAACUCUCUCGUCUAACACGGGAUUACCGGAACGAGCUGCCUCGGCCGCUGCUGGCGAUAUCAACGCGGUGCAGACGGCCGCACGUGGUGGAAAGAUGGAGAGGAGGCAUAGCGGGAAAUCACGGCGCGACCAUGUGCAUCACCAUUCGCACUCGUCCCGCCAUCACAAGGACGAGCAAAAGACGGUGGGGGAAUAUGCCCUACACGUCCUCUUCACAUCGUUCAUCGCCCAAGCAGAGGACAAGUUGAACGCGUGCAUUACGGUGCCCUUUGAACCAGAGCCGCAGGUUGAGCUAAUUUGCGGGCCCGGCGUAGAUCCGGGCUUCGACCAACUCAUCGUGGCGCUUGGCCACAUUGCUAAGCAGAAACCAAAACCCCUUAUUGACUCCAUGAUGCUCUGGAGGAAGAGCAAGAGCGACGCGGCCAAUGAAGCGCGCACCCAACUCCAACAAUCCCGAAUUUACCCCCCUCCCGGCCCGCUGCAGAGACGCAACACGGAGCCGAACCAGCCAGGCGUUCCCGGUGGCCCGCCGGACUCAUCGGGCGGCGGCCAGAUGUCCCUUGUCGCGAAACAGGAAUACGUUGCGCAGGCCGAGCGCCGUUCGACCGUUUCUAUUUACGUAUUAUGCCGCGUCUUGCUUGAGGUCAUGGCCCAGAGCACGCUCGCUUCCAUCACCCCAGAGAUGGAGGACAAGCUGGAAAAUAUCAUAUUCGGGCAGCUCAAGAUCUCCGAGACCGAGCAGUUGAUGAUCUCGCCACUGAAGCUUUCCAACUGGAACCUGUUCGCACAGCUGAUGGGCGUUAUGAGCGAGCUCAGCUUCACUACCGUAACGGACCGCUUCAUCGCUGACCUUGAGCGGUCAUCGCAAGAAUUUCAUGCGAAGGGUCCCACCUCAUCCCGAGAUCUCGAGAACAAGAUGGAGCUCGUGCUGGGGGGGAUGAAACAUCUGCGAAUCAAGACCGCCCCCAAAGAGGCCUGGGACCGGUCUUGCGAGUUCGUGGCCGCGUUGGGCAAGUUGUUUGGCCAAUCCCACGGUCCCAAAGUAAAAUCGGCAUUUUGCCAGGUCUUUGAGAUGCUGGUGCUUCCCAUUGCCGCUAAGGCUACUAAUACCGACAUUUCGCACCCCAAGUGGAACGAAGUGCUGGCAACCAUCGGGCCCCGGUUAGCCCAGAUGUUUGUCAAGCCGAGGCAUUGGCAGUACACGUUCCCGUUGACGGCCACGAUGCUGUGUGUUUCGCCGCCCGAGACCUUUGUGAGUCAGUGGCUUCAGCUGAUCUAUCCUCUUCAACCGCGUCUCAAGGACCGGUACACCCGCCCGAUCUGCUUGCAGGUCAUCUCCCGGCUUGUGUGGACGUAUCUGUACCGCACCAACGACACUUCUUCGGGUGCAACUAGGAAAUUGGAUGAUGUUUUCAAGAGUGUCCUGCCCACCGCAAAGCGAGCCAUAGUCGCCGCGGACAUGGCUGUCGUCGAUCCACUGAUCCAGAUCAUCCGGUUCGUUGGGUACAAGCAUCCAGAAUAUUGCUUCCUGAGUGUCAUCUUCCCCCUGCUCAAUGCCGACCUCUUCACAUCCAACAAGGAGGUCAAGAUCGAGCAGCUUGAUCCUGAUCGGAUGGUCAUUGGUAUCCGUGCCCUGCUCACCGUCAUGUCGGACCUCGAAAAGGGCGACCAAGGCCGGCCACCCUUCCCGCAAUCGUAUGCCCCGCCCUCGCCAGCAGAACGUGUACCCCCGUCAUCCCCCGUGUUCGGCUCGCCGCGUGACCUGCCUUCGUUCGCCUGGGCUGCGUUGUCCGGAGGCGAACGGCUGUCCAAGCCGGUGAUGGUGUCGGCUCUUUCCGAGAGCGUCCGGGAGCACUAUGCCCGGUUCUGCGAUAUCCUCGGCAAGAUCAGCAUCAUUUGUGACAACACGUUUGGCGGGCAGGCCGCGUUGAACGAAAAGUUUGAUAAGAUCGACAAGUUCAACAGUCCGGGGCCUAAGACGCCCAUCACAGAGACGUUCAACUUCUCGAGGAAAGAGGACCACUCCGGGCCGCACGAUCAGAAACAAGGGUUCUACGAGCUGCUUCACAUCGCUGUCCAGGCUCUGCCUCGGUGCCUGUCGCCCGGCAUGCCCUUCAACACGCUCAUCAAUCUCCUCUGCACCGGGACGGCCCACGUGCAGCACAAUAUUGCCGAGUCGUCGGCGCAGUCGCUGAAAGCGAUCGCGCGCCAGUCACACGCUCAUCAGGUGACAAUGGGAUUUGCGCGGUUCAUCUUUAAUUUUGACGACCAGUAUUCGACCAUGUCUGACGGGGGCAUGCUCGGCCCUGGCCACAUCGAGAAGACGCUGAAGUUGUACAUUGAGCUUCUCCACAUUUGGAUCGACGAGAUCAAGCAAAAGACGAGGAACGCGGCCGUUGCGGACGACAACGUUGAUUCGACCGUCGCCGAUAAGAGGGGCAUGAAGCUCGACCUGUCGAGUGUCUGGGCCGAGGUCGACCAGGUGGAAGCACACGGACUGUUCUUCCUCUGUUCACAAUCCCGCAGCGUCCGGUAUUACGCCGUCAAUGUGCUCCGGCUGAUUACCGAGUUUGACGCGGUGCUGCGCAAGCCCAGCGGCCGCGAGAAGGACACGCCGCGGCUGAUUGACAUCCUCGAGAACGACUCGAUGCAGGUCAUGAGCUUCAACGACGAGCAGCUAUCAGUGGCCGAGCGGAGCCGGCUGCAGCGCGGGAUGCAGAACACCAACAGCCAGGGGGCGCUGAUCGAGCUGUGCACCAGCGACGUGUCAUACGAUACCACGCUGUGGUUCAAGAUAUUUCCCAACUUCAUCCGCAUCGCCUUCGACAAGUGCCCAUUUGCCAUCACGCUGAGCCGGGACCUGGUCUGCGAGCGGAUCCUCCAGCUGUACAAGGUCAUCACGGUCUUGUCCGAACCAGCGCGGGAGCGGGACCGUGACCGGGGUUUGGGCUCUGGAGCCGGCCGGUACUACGCGAUGGGGGAGCCCGGUAGCGCUCGCAUGCCAGGCAAGUCAUCAAGCCACUCCCGGGGCGUUGUCGAGCAGUGGAAGCUGUAUCUGGUGUUUGCUUGCACGACCCUGGCAGAUCCCGGCAACGCCCAGGCGACGGGAGCUUCGAACGGCCAGCACGGGCGGAAGGGGUCCAAGUCGUCGUCGGCCGCAGAAAAGAUCGGGUCGGCCCGGACGUUGUUCAAGUACCUCAACCCGAUGCUGUCGGCGUCCAACGAGUCGAUCCGGGAAGCGGUGGUCAUCGCGAUGGGGUCGAUCAACAUCCACAUCUACCGCACGCUCCUCGAGGAACUGCAAGGGCAGGUAUCGCGCUGCAACGACGACGCGCGACAGCGGAUCCACCACCAGCGGACGAACAGCAACCCGCGGCGGAACCGCAAGAUGGACGUGCUGCGGACCGAGAUCACGCAUGUGUACAAGCUCACGUCGCACUUCCUGCGUAACGCGCAGGUGUACCAGGACGACUGGGUGCUCAACAACCUGGUCGGCUACACCAAGGACCUGAAGCUAUUUCUGAUGGACGGCGAGGUGCAGAUGGACUGGGAGUUCCAGCGGCUGCGACGGCACUACUGCGGGCUCAUGGAGGAGCUGUUCGAGGGCAUCAACCGGACCAAGGACCCGUCGCGGUGGAUGACAUUCGAGGCGCGCAAGUCGGCGUUCGCGCUGAUGGAAGAUUGGUGCGGGUUCUCGCCGAACCAGCCGCAGAUCCGGCAGCGGGAAGAUAACAUGCGGCAGUCGGUGAUCGAGCAGAAGGCCGCGGGUGAGCGGGGCACGGUAACUGCAGCGAUGGAGAUCGAGAAGCGCAACCUGCGCACAGCGGCGUUGAGCGCGAUGGGGGCGCUUUGCGGGGGACCGAUCAGCGCAACGACGGAGAGCGGUGCGUCGCUUCAGUUUGAUGUCCGGCGCAUGCUAGCGUGGAUCGAGGCCAUCUUCAACUCGGGCAGCGACCGGAUGAACGUGAUCGGGCGCCGGGCGCUCAAGAACCUGAUCGUGCACAACCAGGAGUAUCCCUACCUGCUGGAGCACUGCAUCUCGCGGUGCUACCUAGCUGAGGCGCCCGAGAUGCUGGAGAGCUACUUCGGCGCUGUGACCGAGGUGCUGCUGGAACACGCCGAGUACCCAGCCCCUUUCUGGAAGCUGUUGGGAUUGUGUCUGUUUAUGCUAGGUAACGACCAGAGCGCAAUCCGGACGCGGGGCGCUCACCUGCUGAAGGCCCUCGAGGAGCGACAGCCGCAACCGCGGAGCUCCAAGAUCCAGGAUUUUGAUAUUAGCAUUUCAGACAAAACCAAGGCGGUGUACAAGCUGGCGCAGUUUGAGAUCUCGAAGAGGCUGGCCAAGCAGCACACGGAGCUGGCCUUCCACAUCUUCUCCGAGUUCACCUUUUACUUCAAGGAACAGCAGGCCGGCGCGCAGCGCAACGUGAUCGCGGUGAUUCUUCCGUGGAUCCAGUCUGUCGAGCUGCGCGUCGACCCUAACGGCGGACCCAUCGCGCAGUCGUACGUGCUGCUGGCGAAUUUACUCGAGAUCACCAUCAAAUCGAGCGCCGCGCUGCACAACGAGGUACAGGCACUGUGGCAGGCGCUGGCGACAGGCCCCCACCCAGGAAAUGUGCGCCUCAUCCUCGACUUCAUCAUGUCUUUGUGUUUAGAGCGCCGCGAGCAAAACUUUGUCGAGUACGCGAAGCAGAUCGUGGUGUUCCUAGCUAGCACCAACAGCACCCCCGGGGGCAACCGCGUGGUCGAGUUCUUGCUACUAAAGUUAACCCCGCGGGCCAUGGUGCCCAACGAGAAACGCGAGGCCGUCCCCGCGCCCCCGCCCCCGGAUAUCAACAUGUUGCCUUACUGCGCAGACCUCGGGGAAGCUUUGCCUAUCGGCACCAAGCAGGCGGGUUUCUCGCUUGGCCAACUGUCGCUGAUCUUGCUGGUCGACCUCAUGGUGGCCCCAGUCAGUCUCACGGCCGACAGCGUGCCCGUACUGCUGCAGGUGGUUACGGUGCUCUGGGACCACUACACGCCGCUGGUACAGGAGCAGGCGCGCGAGAUGCUGGUCCAUCUGAUCCACGAGCUGGUCAUCUCGAACUUGGACGACGACGACACGCCCGUGGCGACCAAGCAGUGGAUCGAGAGCCUGGUUGAUGCCAUCCGCCGACACGACCGGUCUGUGGUCUGGGGAUACGAGGACAGCAACGGCAGCAAAGUGGUCGAGAUCGGUCAUAGUAAUAGUGGCACUAACAGCAACGGUAACAAUAACAGCGGUGGUGGUGUUAGCUACAGUAACAGCACCAACAAGGUACCACCCAGCAUGGAGUACCUCACCGCUGAGGUGGUCAAGACGUUCGAGCUGACCUUCCCCGGUAUUAAAGACCAAUGGGGCCGGCUGUCGCUGACAUGGGCCACGUCGUGUCCUGUACGCCACCUCGCCUGCCGCUCGUUCCAGAUCUUCCGCUGCAUCCUGACGUCGACCUCGCUAGACCAGUACAUGCUGGGCGACAUGCUCGCGCGGCUGUCCAACACCAUCGCCGACGAGGACACCGAGAUCCAGACGUUUUCCAUGGAGAUCCUGACCACGCUGCGGACCUUGAUCGUCAAACUGGACGCUGACAAGCUGCUGGCCCUGCCGCAGCUGUUCUGGACCAUGUGCGCCUGCCUCGAGUCCAUCAACGAGUGCGAGUUCCUCGUCGGCAUCGAGAUGCUCAACGAGUUCCUCGACAAGCUAGACUUUCACUCGUCCGCCGUCCGCCGGAUGUUGUACGACGGCCAACCGUCCAAGUGGGACGGCGUCUUUGAGGGCCUGCAGCCGCUGCUGUACAAAGGGCUGCGGUCGGCGUCGUGCCUCGACCGCACGCUGGAGACCCUGGAGAAACUGCUGGUUCUCCCCGGCGAUGCGCUAAUGGGUGACUCGAGCUGUUUGUUCUUUACCAUCGUGGCCAACCUCCCGCGCUUCUUGCGCGCGAUUGACGACCAACAGCAGCAGCAGCAACAGGGACAACAACAAGGACAACAGUUCCUAGAGCGCGGUGCGGUCCAGGCGGCCGAAACAUUGAUGGCUGCUGCGGACGAACAGGGGCUGACGGGGGUGUUGGUGGUUCUGGACAAGUACCUCGGGUCCAAGUACGCGUCGGGCACCGAGUUUGUCAGGCAGAUGCUCGAGGCGCUCCAGGAACGGUUCCUGCCUACACUUGACUUCCCCAUGAUCACGAUGCUGAUGGGGUUCCUGACGAACGCGGCGUCGUGGGUCAAAAUCAAGACAAUGCGCAUCCUGUGCGUGGUGAUCCCCGAGGUCGACAUGAAGAAGCCCGAGAUUGCUAGCCACGGCUCGGAUAUGAUCUCCCCGCUGCUGCGGCUGCUGCAGACUGAGUACUGCAUGGAGGCACUUGAGGUUCUAGACAACAUCAUGACCAUGUCCGGCUCGUCCAUGGACAAGCACCACCUGCGCAUGAGCAUGACACGGCCGACGUCCAAGGCCGUCCGCAAGGAGUACGAGCGCACGCAGAGCCUGUUUGGCAUCCCGGAGCCGUCAGGCUGGGCCAUUCCCAUCCCCGCGCGCAAGACUGACUCCACGCGCGCCAACAUCCACGCGGCCUUCUACAUGUGCCAGAGCGACGAAGGGGGCGAGGGUGCGGUCACGCAGCCGGCGAUGACCCCCGAGGUCGGGUUCCACCCGGACGACUUCCCCUACGGCUUCUUCCCCAGCUCUGGCUUGGGCGACCGCGCCGACACUAUGCUAUCGGACGAUGCGCGGGCGCUCGACGCGCCACUAGGCGGUGGCGAUCUGUUCUCUAAGCUGGACAGCCUGGAUGAUUUCUUUGACGACAAUGAUAACGACAACGACAACGACACGUCCACCAGCGCGCCGAGCGACGGGCGGUCGUCGCGGACGGUGACCGAAUUCUCACCCGACACGUUUGACUCGGGCGCGCAGCUGUAUGACGAGCAUAUCCUCCCGAUCCUGCACCAAGCGUCAAACAAUAGCAACACGUCAUUCCAGAACGGGUUUGCGGACCGCCCGGUUUUUGUAUCGCGCGAAGGUGGUGGUAGUACCAGCGGCGGACUCGCAGCGAGCAACACGAUGAACCCCGGGGCGUUCAAUGUCGGCGGGAACAGCACGCCCAACAGCGCGAGCACCAGUCUCAGCAGCAGCAGCGGGAACAGCAACAGCAACAACCUCACCGUAAUGGCCACCUCCCCCGUCCACCGCCCCGGCCUGCACUCCCGUUCCGUCACCUCCCCGUCCGCCCCAACAUCCCACCACGUCCUACCCCCCGGCGACCUAACAUCCGACGACGAGUUCCCCGAAGACGUCUUCUCCGACGGCGACGACGAGCAACACCAAUUCGGACAGCAAGGUCAACAGGGGGGGCACCAGGCGCAGCAGCAACCUCACCAGGGCCCAGGGCCACACCAGCGCCGACCAAGUACAUCCAACGCCAACGCCUUCCUCGAAAACGUCAUCCGCCCCCUGACACAGAGCACGCGUUCGCGUAUGCGGCGGAUGACGGGGAGCCGGUCGCGCGAUGGUGGGUUCCCGUUUAAUCCGCCUGUACUGCAGCAGUCGCAGUCGUAUGGGGGGUAUGGGCAGGGACAGCAGUAUGGAGGGGGUCAUCAGUAUGGACAACAGCAGCAGCAGCAAUACGGUGGGCAGUAUGCAGGUCAACAACAGCAACAACAGCAGUCACAACAACAGUAUGGUCAGCAAUUGCACCAGCCGUAUCAACAUACUCAGCAGGGGCCUGCAUCUGCGCCUACUUUGAGUGGUGGCAGUGGCAGCGGUAGCAGUGCCAGUGGUGGUGGUGGAGGUAGUGGGAGUGGUGCUGGGUCAUUGACGGCGUCGCCUCAGCAGAUGAGGCCGGAUCGGGGAUUGGAGCAGGGGGGUAGCGGGAGUGGGGGUGGAGGAGGAGGAGGAGGACCUGCAUCUGGGAAGAGUGGAGGGGGAUUCUUGCCUUUGGGGCAUCAAUGA